AUGAGCCACUUCAGUUGCACAAGUGGCAGCCAGCCGCUUCCUCUAUCUACGUUCAGCCCUAAGGAUUUUUUGUUAUCACAAGAAUCUGACGUGAACUUACAGAAGUGGAUUACUCACCAUGUAGCAGAUUCCAAGUCUCCAUACUUGCCGAAGAAAAUCCAGUCCAACGAAGACAAGUCAACCGAGUUAUGGUUUGAUGUUUCAGGUCAAGUUCCACGUUUACUUGUACCUUCAGAUCGUCAGAAGGAAAUUUUCAAGACAUUUCAUUCGAUUAGCCACGGAAGUUUUAAGCCUACUUACGUUUCAAUUUCUCGAGAAAACUUCUGGCCAAGAAUGAAGGCGGACAUUCGUCGUUGGUCCAGGGACUGUUCGUCUUGUCAACGGAACAAGACAGCAAGAGCCACUCGUGCCCCUCUCCAACAAUUGAACGUUCCUUCUGACCG